AUGCCUCCUGUCGGCAUCCCCGCCGCUUUCUGGCGAGGCGGCACCUCGCGCGGUCUCCUCUUCCGCGCCGAGCACCUCGCCGCCUUCUCGCCCGCCGCCCGCAACCGUAUCAUCCUCGCCGCACUCGGCUCGCCAGAUCCAGACGGCCGCCAAGUCGGCGGUCUCGGCGGCGGCGUCAGCUCGCUCAGCAAAGCCGCCAUCGUGAGCGUGCCGGGCGAGGCGCGAGUCGACCAGGCCCGCGUCGGUCCGCUCCCUGGCGUCGCCUGGGCCGACGACGGCGAGCGCGACGGCCAGCAGUGGGACAUCGUGUACCGCUUUGCCCAGGUCGGCGUCCGCACGCCCGACCUCGACUGGUCGGCCUCGUGCGGCAACAUGUUCGCCGCCGCGUGCCUGUCGUCGCUCGCCCUCGUCCCCUACACGACCCUGUUCGACCGCGCACGCACCUUGCCCAGGCCGGCGUUCGGCGACCCGCUCCUCCUCCCGCUGUCGGUCCUGUCGGCGAGCAACGGCGUCCUCAUGCGCGCAAGAGUCCCCGUCGACCCGUACUCGCUCCAGGCGUGGGAGCCCGCACCAGGCGAGGGCGUCGCGAUCGCCGGUGUGCCGGGCUGCGACGAGCCGGGGAUCGAGGUCGAGAUGCCGCUUGAGCAGGGCGAGUCGGGCGCACGCGCACGAGGCGGCCUCGUGACGGGCAACGCGAGGGACGUCGUCCAGCUCGACGACGGCAGCGAGGUCACCGUCUCGGUCUUUACCUCGGGCCUGCCCAACAUCUUCGUCCCUCUCUCGUCCCUUCUCGCCCUCGACGGCCACUCGUUCCCCGCCGACCUCCUGACCCUCCCUGCCUCGACUCUGUCCUCCUUCCCGACCCUCGCCCCGCUCCUCGAGCGCAUCCGCACUACCGCCGCCGCCCACUUCUCCCUCCCCUGCUCGCUCGCGAGCCCCAAGAUCACCCUCGUCGCCCCCUUUCCCUCGUCGUCGUCCUCGACCACCUCGACGCCGUCGAACGACGGCUACACGACCUCGUCCGGCCUGCGAGUCGCGCCGCAAGACGCCGACCUGCUCGUGCGCGCCGUCAGCUCGGGCGACUGGCACGCGUCCGUGCCGGGAACGACGCUCGGCGCGCUCAACAUCGCCGCCGGUGUCGAGGGCAGCGUCGUGCGCGACGCGAUGCGCGCCGGAGCUGGUGCGGGAGCGGCGCUGUCGCUCGGCGAGGGCGGAGCGCGGGACGAGGUGGUCCGGGUCCGGGCGGCGCACGCGGCAGGCGUCACCGAGUCGAGCGUGCGGUUCGACGCCGAGGGGCACGCGCAGAGCGUCGUAAUGCUCGCCCAGGAGCUCCGCCGAGCAGCCGCUACCGCCUGCGAGCGGCCCUCGCCCGCCGCCGCCGCCUCAUCUCGAGUGAAGCCUCGCUUCCUCAACGAGCAUGCAGGAGACUCGUCGAGCAGCGAUUCGGAGGACCAGGUCGGCUCGGACUCGGACGACGACCACGACGACGCGUCCCUCAUCGAGGAGCACUUCCUGCCGCCUCUGAGCGAGGAGGCGACGUGGUGCAAGGCGUUCACCUACGCGCGAGUGCUCUCCAGCAUCGGCCAGCAGUUUGCGACCGAGUUCCCGCUGCGCGUCCUCGCCGUCGCGAGCGGCUUCAGCGAGUCCCUCAACGGCGACAUCCACACGGUGCGCGCGCUGGACGGCCGCAAGGAGCUCGCCAUCUCGCACUCUCGCCUCACGCCCGAGCAGGCUCAAGACGUUGCCGCUUUCCUCGCCCGCCGCGAGCACACCGCGAUCGACGCCCUCUCCUCUCUCGCCCUCGACAACGACGACGCCGAUGAAACCGUCGCACCUCCCGCACCGGCACCAGCACCGACCUCGCCCUCUCGCCGCGCCCGAACCCGCACCCGCCCCGGCCCCUUGACACCGCCUUCCUCCGCUUUCCCGGGCAGCGCCCCCUUCCCGCCAGGCGCAACGUCGUCCGAGCGCGCCGAGCUCGAGGCCCUCUCGGCGCGCACGUUCGGCGACUCGCUCCUGUCGGGCCUCUCGUCCCUCGCCGCGACGCCGCAGCGCGCGCGCAGCCCGUCGCCGGGCCCGAGCGCCGAGCGCGAGGCGCACGAGGAGCUUCUCGAGUGGUACCAGCAUGCCGGGACGGCCGGCGGCCGGCAGGGCACGGCGCAGGUUGGCGACGAGGACGAGCUCGCGAGGGACGGCUGGGCGAUCGAGCCGCCGCUCAGUGUCGCGCUCGAAGGCGGGGCGCCCGUGCUGAGGGUACCCGCCGCCGUUGGAGUGAACGAGUUCGCGUUGUACGAGGAGGUCGAGACGGAGGAGGACGAGGAGCUGCGGGCCAUGGUCGCUCGAGUCGCCGACGACGAGGCCGAGGCCGAGGCUGCACUGCGCGAGCGCGAGCAGCAGGAGCAGCAGGAGGCGGCGAGGCGACGCAGGGCGCGGCGGGAGCUUGUCGGACGGUAGAUCUCUCUCGCGCUCUCUUGGCGCCGGCCGCCAUCGUGCAACAGAUACUGCACGACCACAUCGACG